AUGGCCAAGAAUAAUCUCACCACAGUAACUGAGUUCAUCCUCAUGGGCUUUACCAACCACCCCAAGUUAGAGGUUCCCCUCUUCGUGGCGUUUCUGAGUUUCUAUCUAGUCACCCUUCUGGGGAAUAUGGGGAUGGUCAUUCUGAUCCAAGCAGAUGUCCAACUCCACACCCCAAUGUACUUCUUCUUGUGUCAUCUUUCCCUCUUGGAUGCUUGCUACUCCUCAGUCAUCACCCCUCAGAUCCUGGCCACACUGGCCACAGGCAAGACAGCUAUCUCCUACAGCUGCUGUGCUGUCCAGUUCUUUUUCUUCACCAUUUGUGCAAGUACAGAGUGUUUCCUGCUGGCAGUAAUGGCCUACGACCGCUAUGUCGCCAUUAGCAACCCACUGCUCUACACUGUGGUCAUGAAUCCCAGAAUCUGCUGGAGUUUGGUGGCAGGAGCCUAUGUCUGUGGUGUGUCAGGGGCCAUACUGCGUACCACAAGUACCUUCACCCUCUCCUUCUGUGACAACAAUCAGAUCAACUUCUUCUUCUGUGAUCUCCCACCCCUGCUGAAGCUCACCUGCAGUGACACAAUAAACAUUGAAAUUGUCAUUGUCUUCUUUGGCAACUUUGUGAUCUUGGUCAAUGCUUUGGUCAUCCUAAUUUCCUAUCUACUCAUCAUCAAGGCUAUCUUGAGGAUGAAGUCUUCAGGUGGCAGGGCCAAGACUUUAUCCACAUGUGUCUCCCACCUCACUGCUGUGACCUUCUUAUUUGGGACCCUCAUCUUCAUGUAUCUACGGAGCAGCUCAGGCAAAUCCCUGGAAGAAGACAAGGUCGUGUCUGUCUUCUACACUGUGGUCAUCCCUAUGCUAAACCCUCUGAUCUACAGCUUGAGAAACAAGGAUGUGAAAGCUGCCUUCAAAAAGAUCACUGGGAGAUUCCAGGUGUCCCAGAGCAUGUAG